GUAACCCCUGGAAAACACGAGAGUUUGCACAUUUCCUGGUAUAUUCUUAACUUUUUAACAAAAAGGAAAUGUUCAAAAAUGUAUUUGUGCGGGCGCGCACGUACAUCUGUAUUGAUUAGAACUUAUCAAUCUGUUAAGACUUACCAAUCUAUUUACUGAUAACUGGAAGAAAGACAUGAAGAUAUUGGAGAAAUAAAAGUCUUUGGACGGUGUGCACUCGAUACAGGAACGAUGACAAACGAAACUUUGAGUAUCCUAACAUUGAACUGUUGGGGCAUACCAUAUAUUUCAAAAAACAGAAACAUACGUAUAUCUGCUAUUGCGGAGAAAUGUGCCAGCAGAGAAUAUGAUAUAAUUUGUUUGCAAGAAGUCUGGUCUGUCGAUGAUUUUAAGGCAAUAAAGGCAAAAACACAGGAAGUAUUGCCCUACUCGCAUUACUUUUAUAGUGGUGUCGUUGGAUCAGGUAUAUGUAUCUUGUCAUGGUAUCCUAUUCAUGGUGCUAUGUUCCACAAGUGGCCCUUGAACGGUUACGUCCACAAGAUACACCAUGGAGACUGGUUUGGUGGUAAAGGUGUCGGACUUUGUAAAAUUAAAGUUCGCAAUAUGAAUAUUAAUGUUUAUAUUGCACAUUUACAUGCAGAGUAUAACAGAGAGAAUGACGAAUAUAUGGCUCAUAGAGUGCUACAGGCGUUUGACACUGCUCAAUUUGUAAGAAUGACAAGUGGUGGUACGGAUGCUGCGAUAUUAGCUGGCGACCUUAAUACCGAACCACAGGAUUUGGCAUACAGGAUUAUAUGUGGUGUAGCUGGUUUAACAGAUGCAUGUCCGAACAGUGCUAGUCAUAAAGGGACCAAUGAAUGUGCCAAUAAUAGUUACACUAGCUCAAAGCUUGCUCGAACGAGACCAGAUGGCCAGCGAAUAGAUCAUAUUUUGUACCUAAGCUCAGAAAAUAUUAAGAUUGACAUUACAAAUUUUGAUCACCCUUUGCCAAAUCGCGUGCCGUUUAAAACCUUUAGUUAUUCAGAUCAUGAGGCUGUUACGGCGACACUCAAGUUCACCGAAGGUAAACACAGCGUGAACGAUCUAGAUGUGACAGAUUCUUUGAAAGAAGCGAUUGGAAUUUGCGAAACUGCCUUAAGAAGCGUCCAGCGUCAACGCUUUUGGUAUCUGUUGUCUGGUUGUAUACUACUUAUUCCAUUAAUUUGGUCUAUUGGAUUAAAUUGCACGAAUACCUCGCUAGGUAUAGACAUCGGUUUAAAUAUAGUACGUAUCCUUUUAACUGCGAUAUUAUGUUACACUCUAUUUAUGAGCUCAAUAUGGAUUUGUAUAGAGAAAAACGCUUUAAAAGCGGGAUGUUCAGGCAUAGAAAUUUACAUGAAACAGUUGAAUAACGAUCAAUGUCGAAGCUGAACAUCAAAUUUUUACAAUAGUGCAGAUGUUCCUAAGAAUUAAAAAUAUGUGGAUUAAACUAAAACAAAAAAAAUUUAUUAAGUUAAUUAAAAAAGAACAGUUAUUUACAUAUUCUUCAAUACAAUGUUUUGCAACAUGUCAAACAUUGAAAAAAAGAUGUUCCUUUCAAGUUUGCAUUUAUAUCGUAUACUUUAAUAAUAUAUAAUUUUGUUAAAUAAAAUUCAGGAUUAAUAGUUGGACAUUCAAAACUAAAUAUUAGGAUCUAAGUUAUAAAACCACGACACCGAUAAUUAAUAAUUGGUAGAUGUAUGUUUUAAGUUUUCUCAUUAUUGAUGACAAACUGUGAUGAUUCAAAACGGAUAGAUAUUAUUUCAAAACAAACAAUUGAGUAUUACAAAAAAAUAGUAUGAACUGAUCGACCAAUUAUAUGCAUAUCAUUCAACAUGAAUCAACGAUAUUACA